AUUCGUUUUAGUCUUGCGGCUGACCGUCUCAAAAUCAGUUUCGAGCUGUCAAGCAAACGAGCAGCAUCACCUCUCACAGCGCCUUCGAAAAUAUUCUAACCUGCGUGCAUUUCGGGCAACUGUGUGUGAAGAUCGUACAGAAAAACUAUAGCAAGUGCUACCCAAAACGAACCACGGAUUAUCCCAAGUCGACAGAAGAAGACAUGGCUGUUUCGGCUAUCAACAUGACACCCUACUUUGCCGGAUAUCCCUUCCAAGGACAAGGUCGCGUCAACCAGCUUGGCGGCGUCUUCAUCAACGGGCGUCCACUGCCCAAUCACAUCCGCCGCCAAAUCGUGGAGAUGGCAGCCGCCGGAGUUCGGCCCUGCGUCAUCUCCCGCCAGCUGCGCGUGUCCCAUGGCUGCGUCUCGAAGAUCCUCAACCGCUUCCAGGAGACAGGCUCCAUCCGCCCGGGUGUGAUCGGCGGCAGCAAGCCGCGCGUGGCCACUCCCGACAUCGAGGCCAGGAUCGAGGAGCUUAAGCAGUCGCAGCCCGGCAUCUUCAGCUGGGAGAUCCGCGCCAAGCUGAUCGAGGCCGGAGUCUGCGAUAAGCAAAGCGCCCCUUCAGUGAGUUCCAUUUCACGUCUGCUGCGCGGAUCCUCCGGAUCGGGAACCUCUCACAGCAUUGAUGGCAUCCUUGGCGGAGGUGCUGGAUCAGCUGGUAGCGAGGACGAGAGCGAGGACGAUGCCGAGCCCAGUGUGCAGCUAAAGCGGAAGCAGAGGCGUUCGCGUACCACCUUCUCCAACGACCAGAUCGACGCCCUGGAGCGCAUCUUCGCCCGCACACAGUAUCCCGACGUAUACACUCGCGAGGAGCUGGCUCAGGGCACUGGACUCACCGAGGCCCGCGUCCAAGUGUGGUUCUCCAACCGUCGUGCUCGUCUGCGCAAGCAGCUAAACACCCAGCAAGUCCCUGGAUUCGCUCCCACAGCCGCUUCAUACGGAGCCACUUCAUCCGCCGCCUCUGCCGCUGCCACCGCUCCCAACAUGGGUCUGUACAGUUCCCAGUCCUGGCCGACUUCGGGAGCUGCCUAUGAGACCCAUCCCGGCUAUGGAGGCUCGGUUGCCUCCAUGUCCCCCGCCAGCAGCACCUCUGGCAGCAGUUCCGCCGCCCACAGUCCGGUGCAGUCCCAGGCUCAGCAGCCAGGUGCCAGCGGCGACUUUAUGAACCCCACCUACGGCAUGGGAUCAGGCAGUGCCGCUUACUCUGCCGCCAGCGCCUCUGCCUAUUCCAUGCCCAGUGCCGCCACAGCUGCCACAUCCGCCGAGCAGCUUCGUUCCCAGUUCGCUUCCGCUGCCGCUUCUGGCUCUCACCAUCCCUCGUCGUGGGAUAGCUACAACUUUGCCGGCUCCUUCUUCCCGCCCUCGGCAGCGGCACCCAACCACAUGGGCGGAUACCACCACCAGGUCGACCAGAAGAGCUCCAUGAUGCCUGCCGCCCCCACCUAUCCCUACUUUGGAUUCUAAGCGCUUCACUCUCUUUAUAUAGUACUUUAAGCCUAGCAAUAAGUUGUCAUCUAAAGACCCGAAGACUGUUUAAACCUAUUUCGAAUAUUACUUUAAGGAUCAUGUUUUUGUAGAUUUAAGAGGA